CUUGAUCAUUGCCUCUCUUGUAAUGUACUUAUUUGCAGAAUUUGACGAUGCAGCUAAUUUGCUUGCAGCAAAUCCCGACGCUACCACAAUAAGCAUCGACGAGCCAGUUGAAAUCCCCAAGAAUCAGCACAGCCGUCUGCCAGAGCCAGGGAGAGAAGAGGAUGAUGAAUUACUGGGGACCGAUGACUCCGAUAAAACAGAGCUGCUUGCAGGACAGAAGAAAAGUGCCCCUUUCUGGACAUUUGAGUACUACCAAACGUUCUUCGAUGUGGACACUUACCAGGUCCUGGACAGAAUCAAAGGUUCGGUUUUCCCAGUACCAGGGAAGAACUUUGUAAGGCUGUAUAUCCGCAGCAAUCCUGACCUUUACGGUCCCUUUUGGAUAUGUGCCACACUCGUCUUUACCAUUGCUGUUAGUGGCAAUCUCUCUAACUUCUUCAUCCAUCUGGGCAAGCCGACAUACCACUAUGUGCCCGAAUUCAGAAAAGUCUCCAUAGCAGCAACAACGAUUUAUGCAUACGCUUGGCUUGUUCCCCUUGCUCUCUGGGGAUUCUUGAUGUGGAGGAACAGUAAAGUUAUGAACAUUGUUUCCUACUCGUUCCUGGAGAUAGUGUGUGUGUAUGGCUACUCCCUCUUCAUUUACAUUCCCACAGCGAUUUUAUGGAUCAUUCCACAAAAAGUGGUGCGCUGGGUCCUGGUGAUGUUCUCCCUGUGCCUUUCGGGGUCUGUUUUGGUGAUGACCUUUUGGCCUGCUGUCCGAGACGACAACCGAAGGAUUGCGCUGGCAACCGUGGGGACCAUUGUUCUGCUUCAUGCCCUGCUGGCUGUCGGCUGUUUGGCAUACUUUUUUGAUGCCCCUGAACUGGAUUUUCCUGCACCUAUUAUCCCUGCUCACAAUGGAACAACAGUAAUAACAAAGAGUCAGUAAAUAAGAUUACAAUGCCUGUUCUCCAUCUGUACAGUAAUUUUAUUUUAGAUUAUUUUUUCAUUGA